AUCUGAAUUCAGUUUUCCAGCUUCUCAUAUCCUUUUCGACAUGAUCUAGAGAAGGAUGUGAGCCACUUCUGCCUCCCCAUGGUAUAUUUUUGCAGCCAUUUGCCCAGCACGGCUGUAAUCAUUGGUUCCUGUGGCCCGCUCUGUCUUUGAUUUUGGCUAGUUAGAGCUCUACCUCACGGCUCUGGAAGCUUUUCCGUAUGUCUCAGUACACAACGAGGCUCGGCCUCAAUGGAGUGAUCCACGGGUUUGGAUAAGAGUCCCAGGUGCAUAGCAGCCUACCAGGUACAGCCAUGGUGACCGUAUACAAGUCGUCUGAAAAAAUGCUACUAGUAGAACCUCAUAUAGCGAAGACUUUCCUGUGUGAGCAAAAAUCUGGAGAGACUAGUUAUGACGGCCUUAGUUGUGGGACCAAGUGACAACGAAGCUGAUGAUGACAAUUAUUACAUGCCAGAUAAGAUUCUUGGUUUUGGUCUCGUUCCAUGAGAGCAAUUUUUGUUGGGUAAUUUCGCAGUUGCGUGCAUCCUCAGUCUAAACAAAACAAACCCCUUCAAGCAAUCCUGCCAUGGGCACAGUAUCAGCUCAAUUCAAGCUCAUCCUUUUGCCCCUUCUAUCUAUUUCUAUGCUUUUGUUACCUUUCCUUCGGGCCACUGAUUUCAAAUACUGCGAUAAUAAAGGUAAUUAUGUUGUAAAAGUUGAUGGAGUCGAUAUAUCACCCAAUCCUGUGGUCAGAGGCCAGCCAGCCACCUUCACGAUCUCAGCUUCUACUGGUCAAGCUAUCUCUGGAGGCAAAGCAGUGAUUGAUGUUUCCUACUUUGGGAUACAUAUCCAUAAAGAAACUCAUGAACUUUGUGAGGAAACAUCCUGCCCUAUAGCAGUUGGCAACUUUGUUCUCUCUCACAAUGAAGUUUUACCAGGAUUUACUCCACCAGGUUCCUACACGCUUAAGAUGAUAUUAUCGAGCAAGGAAAUUGCACAGUUAACUUGCAUUUCCUUCAAUUUCAAAAUCGGUCUUGGUGCUUCUGGAUCUUCAGUCUCUGAUAGCUGAGCCACCAAGUACAUGGCUAUAUAACUCUCUGUAGUCGGGGGUGUUUUCUUAUUUCAUGGAGACAGAUCUCAAAAUCUACUAUCUUUGUACCUUUAUUCUACUAAUAACUAGGCUAUGAUAUUAUCUAUAUAAGAUCAUUCCUGCAUGUACCGAAUCGCAUUUACAACUCAGAUAUUGAAUUAGUGUAAGGUAGUCCAUGAGACAACAAUGUUUAUAUAGAAGUCAAUUUAAUCUGCUGAAUCAUGCUGAGUUAACAUGUUAAUUACCAUCAUUUCAAAA